ACGGACAUGAUACUUGCUCUGAACUGCGGCUCGUCAUCAAUCAAAUUCAAGCUCUUCCUCCUCUCCGAUUUGCAAGUCCUGAUAUUGGGCUCUGCUUCAAAAGUUAAUUCCAAAGGGCAGAAGCCGGUUAUAAAGCUAGUCGUUCAUCAUGAUCAAGGACAAAAAGAUGAGACUAGUACGGAAGAGGAAAAAGAAGGAAUGGAGUACGACGCCGUAUUUCAGCGGACGAUUGAACUUAUUGAGGCAUCGUUAUCAGCCCGCUUCCACGUGGAUACACAGACGAGAGGCGAAACAAAAGCGCGGGAUGUCAUCAAGCUCGUUGCCCAUCGCGUCGUGCACGGUGGCUCCCAGGCGGAGCCCAUGGCUUUAUGGCCGGGACACGAAGCGGGUCUUGAGCUGCUAGAUAAGCUGAGCGAGUUUGCGCCCUUGCACAACCACAGAGCCGUUCAGGUGGUAAAGUCAUGUCUCGAACAUCUCCCAUCCUCCAAACAAGUUUUACUGUUCGAUACUCUCUUUCAUCAGACAAUACCUAGGCAUAUUUACACUUAUCCAAUACCGAUCCCGCCCUCACCACCGCUGAUCCCACUCAGGAAGUAUGGCGCACACGGCUUGUCCUAUGCAUCGAUACUUUCAUUACUCUCUGCGCACUUGGCAGUCCCAGCUUCCUCGCUUAGCCUGGUGAUUGCUCACCUCGGCAGUGGUGCUUCCGUGUGCUGUGUUAAGGAUGGAAAAAGUUUAGAUACAAGCAUGGGUCUCACGCCUCUGGAAGGACUGCCAGGGGGAACCAGAAGCGGAAGCGUCGAUCCAGCACUUGCGUUCCAUGCGGUGGAUGCCGCUGGAGAGGUCGUUUAUGCUCAGGGAGGCCUAAAGCUCAGCAAGGGAGAGAUGACUCUAAAUAAAGAAGCGGGCUUGCUAGCUGUUGCUGGGACUUCCGAGUUUAGUGCCAUCACUUUGAGGGCAUUUGGAAAUGAUACCAAUGCCUCUGAGGAGGAAAAGGAAAGUUCCAAGUUAGCAUACGACCUUUUCCUUGACCGUCUUAUCAACUUCGUGGCACCUUACAUCACGAAGAUUCUGGGGAGCUCGCCUAAUGCACAUCUUGAUGGGAUUGUCAUCUCGGGGGGGAUUGGCGAAAGGAGCAUUCAAUUGAGGAGGGACUUGGCUUCCUAUCUUGCUUGGAUAGGUGUUGAACUAGAUGACACAAGGAACGAGCAAGUCGGGAGGGGGGAUGAAGGCAGAGUUGUAUGGGAGAUCACAAAGGAUGACGCCAAGAUAAAAAUGUUUGUCUGCAUGACGGACGAAGAAACACAGUGCGCAAGGAUGGCGAAAGACUACAUCAAAGAACAAGAGGGCUCGAAGAUUCGUAGCGAGCACUGAGCACCGAAACGCAGUCAACCUAUUUGAGCAGAAUUGUCUGGUAACUCCCUUGCCGUAGUGAGGUAUUUUCGCUUGCUGUAACGUUUGGGCACGAAGUAGUGUAAAACAUCUUUUGGAGUUUGUGAGUAACGGAUUCUAAUGCAAACAGGAUACUCGGUCCCUGUUUGAGCGUGAC